ACAACAUACGUUGUCCAUAGAGGCCCGAGAAGCACGUUGCGCGAAGGAUUUGCAACGCAGUGUGAAACAACUGCGGAGCGCAAGCUUCCUAUACUGUGAAGUUUUUCGAUGGAGUGGUCAAGACCAUUAAGCCAACCAAAGUAAAGCCAUAUAAGCUAGAGAAUGUGAAGGCCCAGGAGAGAGACAUAACUCAAGGUGAGCAGAGCAAUGGGAAAGGUGAAGCCAAGGUGAACGGGAAAGCAGAGAGUUACAAAUCGAAAAAAGGAUCUUCAGACCUGGAGGAAGAAGAGAGUAUGAAAGAUGAAGAGGAGAAAACGCGGAAUGGCAACAUUGAGAACAGUGGACAGAAUGGGAACCUGAACGGCGAGGAGGGGGAGACGGGAGCAGGAGAACUAGGCCAGGAAGGUGUUGGGGAACAGACUGAAGAGCCACAAGCCAAGAAAGAUGGGCUGGCUGUCCAAGCUGAAAGGAAAGAUGGGAAGGUUGUCCAAGCUGAAAGGAAAGAUGGGCUGGCUGUCCAAGCUGAAAGGAAAGAUGGGCUGGCUGUCCAAGCUGAAAGGAAAGAUGGGAAGGUUGUCCAAGCUGAAAGGAAAGAUGGGCUGGCUGUCCAAGCUGAAAGGAAAGAUGGGCUGGCUGUCCAAGCUGAAAGGAAAGAUGGGAAGGUUGUCCAAGCUGAAAGGAAAGAUGGGCUGGCUGUCCAAGCUGAAAGGAAAGAUGGGAAGGUUGUCCAAGCUGAAAGGAAAGAUGGGCUGGCUGUCUAAGCUGAAAGGGAAGAUGGGAAGGUUGUCCAAGCUGAAAGGAAAGAUGGGAAGGUUGUCCAAGCUGAAAGGAAAGAUGGGCUGGCUGUCCAAGCUGAAAGGAAAGAUGGGAAGGUUGUCCAAGCUGAAAGGAAAGAUGGGCUGGCUGUCCAAGCUGAAAGGGAAGAUGGGCUGGCUGUCCAAGCUGAAAGGGAAGAUGGGCUGGCUGUCCAAGCUGAAAGGGAAGAUGGGCUGGCUGUCCAAGCUGAAAGGGAAGAUGGGCUGGCUGUCCAAGCUGAAAGGGAAGAUGUGAAUGUAGGUGGGGAGUGUGUGAUGAGCAGUAACCAAAGGCAGGAGGAGAAAGAAAGGGAUGUUUCUGGACAGAGUUCCCAGCUGAACUGGUACCGACCUUCUGAAGAAAGUUAACACGAACUGAGGAAGAGGAUGGUGUGUCUCUUGGACAGAGGCCACCGCCAAAGAUGGAAAGGUCAGACACAAGCAAAGAAGCAAUACUGAAACGCCAAGUCCUCCUGCCUAACACCCACAAGUACAGCAGAGAGCCAUUGUAUAGAGUCAUCAAAAAACCAGCCACUUCCAAUCCUCUCCAUUGAACGGGACCACAUCACCUUCAAGUGUGAGGCUCCUGGCUGCCUGAAGUCCUUCUGGAAGGCCUCUCUCCUGCACUACCACGUCAGGUACUACCAUGCAGACAGCGAACACGCCGCUGAGUGCAGCGUGCAGACCCGAGCAUCAGAGAAGCAGGUUGGCACCAUGUCAGACUCUAGACACUCACCCCUGGGUGACAGACAGGCUGCCAUCGGAGUUACCCGUCAUCGUCGGAGAUCACUGAGUGAGAGAAGGAAGGAGAACCAGCAAACCAACAGCAGACCCCAAUGAUGAAAGAGAAUAUGGCGUCAGUGAAACAGCGUUGGAGAGUAGGCUGGACUACACAGGGGAACUGGGACCUCCUGACCCGUUGACCCGAUUGCCUCAGCUCAAACAUCUCAUCAGACAGAUGGUCACAGACCUGGGCACUGUGCAUCAGAUGUCCCUCUGCUCCUCCAACACAUGAGUGCGCCACUGAGUUCAUCACUUCACCACAGAGACCUGGCUAGAGCAGGGCGUAACAAGCAAGACUACAGUACAAAUGAUGGGUAGGGGAGUAACACAAACUGUCAUUAAUCAGUUAUUAUACCAGCAAAACUAUUGUAAUCAGAUUACAGAUCCUUUUGAAAAACUACAUUACUUCUUGGAUUACUUUUAAUAUCAGAAAAAAAAUACAUUAUGACACCUUUUCAGUUCAGUUCAGCAUUUUUUUUAAAGGCGCAAGUUUAAGUUUGUUCCAACUGAGCAAGUCUGACCGGAUGUCAGAGACCACUAUGAUGACACACCAAAUGAUGACGACCAAUCAGUGACCACUAUGAUGACACACCAAAUGAUGACGACCAAUCAGAGACCACUAUGAUGACACACCAAAUGCAUUUGAUGGAUCUUUUUCUGUCUUCUGUCCAAAAGUAACUGAAAGUAAUCAGAUUGAUAAUUAGUUUGGAUAAUCCAAAAGUUACGUAACUGAUUACAAUUGUGGACAGGUAACUGUAACGGAUUACAUUGUUGAAGGUAACAUAUAGUCCACAACCCUGCGUGUGGGUUACAUGGACAGAGACGUUACACCUGCUACUACUGACUAUUCAGGAAUCAACAAUAUGAAAUGUCUGGCAACCUGCAUUCCAUGGUGAUGAAGGAUGGAUAGGACAGGCUACUUUUCUGAAAUGCAAGAAAAAUAAGAACAGAACAUAACCGUGUUUAACACUUUUAGUUUAGUUUUUAUUAACUUGACCAUUUAAAAAAAAAACAAGCACACAUGAAACUUAAAAGCCAUACAUGAAACUUAAAAGCCAUACAUGAAACUUAAAAGCCACACAUGAAACUUAACUUAACUUACAUUUUUUUUUGAUUUUUGAUUGUAAGUCAACCCCUCCUGAUAAUAUAGUUCUUGCAAUUAAAUGUAAAACAUGGUGAAUACUUUGUUUUUGCUAACAUAAAUAAUCUAUAUCCAACAGUGCUUUAUGAUUGGAUGGUUUUGCUGAAAGGUUCAAAUGUAGACCACUGUAGGCUUUUUUUCUACAGUUCUAUUAAAUGUUUAUAUAACAUUACACAUGUUUGUUCAAUGUAAGCACAUAUGUAUCUAAUCCUAUGUUUCAAAUACAUAUUUUUGAUUAGUGUUUCAAUGAAAUGUAUUUGGAAAUAAAAAUAGCUUAAUAAUGGUUUUAAGAUCAUAAAAAAUAAGGGUCACACUAUAUUUGGAUAGUCCGGAUAUUCCAUCUGUAGAUGCUCUACAGAUAGUUUGGCCAUCUGUUGAUAAGCAACUGCUUGCUAAGGUUAGGUUUAGAAUAAGGUUAGGGUUGGAGCUAAGGGUAGCGUUAGUAGAUGGUUAGUUGAAAUGUUACUGAUAGUCUGUAGAGUGUCUACAGGUGGACAAUCCAAAAAGGUAUACAAAAAAAAGAAGUCAUUUUUAAAAGGAGGGGAAAUAUUUUCAUAUUUGCAAAUAUUGUCCUGUCUUUUGGAAUGUCCAGAAUGUUCUUGAGAAUAGAUGGUAUCUUUCUAUUGUCCUUUUUAAUAACAAAUGUUUCUUUCCUCAUA